AUGUCAACCACUCAAAGAAGCGAGAGCAUCAAUGCAUUCUUUGAUGGAUAUAUUAACUCACAAACAACUCUUCAAGAAUUUGUUAAACAAUAUGACAAUGCACUACAACACAAGACAGAAAAAGAGAGCCUAGCUGACUUCACAUCAUUAAACACAACUCUUCCAUGCGGGUCACAAUCACUCAUAGAGCGACAAUUCCAAAAGCAUUACACACAUGCUAAGUUUGCAGAAAUACAGUCCGAAUUUAGAGGUAAAAUUAAUUGUUUCGUUGAUGGUGUUGUGGUACAAGAUAAUUCAUCGUUGUACAAUGUCAUGGAGGACUCCAUUCAUAACGAAAUAAGGGAAGAGAGGGUAUUCAUGGUUACAUAUCAGCGAGACACAAUGGAUGUUAAUUGUAGUUGUUUGCUUUUUGAGUUUAGGGGCAUUAUAUGUAGACAUUCUAUAUGUGUUUUGGCACAAGAGCGAGUAACAGAGCUUCCUGCUAAGUACAUACUCACAAGAUGGUGUGAAAAUGUCCGCAGAAAGCACACGUAUAUUAGAGCAUCAUACCACAACAAGGAAAAGGAUCCCCAUAUUGAACGCUAUGAUAACUUAUGCAAGAAUUUUGGAGAUAUUGCUGAGAUUGCUUGUGAGUCAAUACACUUGACACAAUUAUUGGUUGACAACCUUAGUUCCUUUGUCAAGAAGCAUGGAUUACAAAUUUCACCUUCACCAUACGUCAACAACAAUAGCCACACACAAGAAGAACACCUACAUGAUAGUGAAAUAGGUCAUGAUGUUGACACAACUAUAUACAAUGUUCAAAUCCAAAGCCCAAAAUCUGUGAAGCGAAAGGGACGACCUAGGACAACAAGGUUGAAAUCCACAACGGAGAGAAUAACAAGGAAGAAACCAUCAACAAAAGCUAGUAGUCUAACAUUCAUUGGUAUUGCUGAAACUAUGAUGGAGGUACCAAAUACAACAUUCAGCAACAACAUUGAUGUCACACAGAACACACGUUACACAACACCCAACUCAAUUGGACCGGCAUCAACUAUGCAAUCCUCUGGGUUCAUGUCACUGUUGAUAUCAUUACACAAUGACAUGCAAAACACACAAUCAUCCACUAGUAAUAUUGACAAUGUAUUUGGAUAA